AUGGACCCGAGCGUUGUAUCGACCGCCACAAGUAACAACGCAGCUGGCUCGGCAUCUCAGUAUAACGCGCCGGUGACCAUCUACAAUGGGAUACCCAGCGAAGCCACGCCCCCUAAUCCUGAAAAGAGACGGGAGGAAUUGUUGAGUCGGAUCGAGCUACCGGAUUUGCUAUUUCUUCUUCGAGGCCGAGCCGGAUGCCAGGGAGGCCUGAUCAGCGCCCUCCGCCGCAUCCUCUUGCAACUUUUCAGCCAAGACAACAUCCCACUCCCGAGCAAGAGCCAGGGGCUACUCAAGACAAAGACGACGACGACGCCUUGGAACUUCGACCAUCUCUGGCAGCUGCUACUCCACACGGCAAAGCAACGCGGCGUCGGCGAGAUUGUGUGUCUCCUCGACGCCGUGGACGAGUGCGGACCGAAAGAAUGGGCGGCUCUCUCGGGGGCCCUACAGCGGCUUUAUGGGUCCAAGGAAUGCGAAGCCUUCAACCUCAAGUUUCUGCUGACCAGCCGGCCCUACAAUCGGAUCCACUGUCGGUCUCAGAUUUAUUCAAGACAUCUUAUGCCGUUCACGUCCAUACAGAGCCUUGCGCCGCAUCUCGGACCAGUUACCCGCUGUCUGCUUCGGGACGCCCUUCUCAGUAGCGCGAAAAUGACCUAUCUGCCAGUCCAUCACACGCUCGGCGCCAUCAACAAGGGCCUCAGGGUCAGCCGAGGCCGCGUCGUCGGGAUUGCCUGGCGGCUCCCGGAUGACCUUGCAAACGUGUACAAGAAGAUACUCCUUGAGAGCAACAACCCCGAAAGGGCCACUUGGGUACUGCAGAUUGUGGUGGCUGCGGCCGAGCCAUUGACCGUGGCGGAGAUGGCCUCUGUGUUGGCCACCAUGGCGGGCGAAGACAUUUUUGACGUCGACGGGGAAAACGACUUCAUCAUCCAUGAGACGUGCGGACUCGUGACCAUGGUGGAUUCGACUGUCCGCUUGAUCGAUGAGACGGCCGUAGUACAGCCUGAGUUUGAGAAGAACCCCCUGGGGCGAGACGACCCUGCCGAGCCGUAUCUUCAAGGCCACCCGUUUCUGAACUAUGCUUCUCGACACUGGGUCACGCAUUUUUGGGCAUCAUCUGCCAAGGGGCGAGAAAGUAUGGCCGACUCAGUGAUUGCGUUAUGCAACCCGACCUCGCCUCACUUUCUGACAUGGUUCCGUCUCUACUGGGAAGACGCGAAUCCAGGCAGGGAGAAACUCCCCGAGGGGUUCACAGCUCUGAUAGCUGCCUCCUAUCUUGGACUACCACCUUCUCUGAUUACCUCACUCAUACAAGGAGGGGCGGAUCCCUGUGCGCGAGACAGUACUUUUAAUCGGUCACCGCUUCACAGGGCCGCUCUGCGGGGGAACGCGGAAGUGGUUAGGGAGCUGUUAGGUGUCACUGGUAAAACGGCAACUUUGGAUAGCAAUCCCGAUAACGCGCCUUUGACGCUGGCUCGGCUCAACGGCCACGCCGCCACAGUAAGCGCCCUUCUCGAGAUGGGCCACUACUUGACCUUGGCCAACCCAAAUGGCUGGUCGCCCCCGGACUCGCGGUUGUUCCGUGACUUUACCACGACCAUUCGGAUGAUGCUUGAUGCGGGACACGACACGACCUUCACGAACAAGGAAGGAUGGACGCUUCUGCACGCCGCUGCGAGUUGCAACGACACCGAGGCACUGACCCUGCUCUUAGACGAAGGGAUUCCCCUGGAGACUACGAGCGUAGACGGAUGGACGCCGCUCAUGACGGCAAUCCGGCAGAGGCAUCGUGAUGCCGCGGUUCUCGACUGCGACACAGCAACAACACAGUCUGAUCGCCUCGCAGCGCUAGACGAAGCCGCCGAAGGCGGCCAGCUCGAAGCCUUCACCGUCCUUCUCGAUGCUCCCACGGAACCCACCAGCAGAACCGACGCCGCCGGCCGCGCCUUGAUCACGGCCGCCACCUUCGGCUAUGAAGGCAUCGUCACCUUGCUGCUGCGCGGGGAGUUCAAAGCCGCCUUCUGCGGCGAGAAACAGUCCACGGCUCUGCACGUGGCGGCGCGCAACGGCCACAAGGGCAUUGUGAACCUGCUUGUUGACUGCGGCGUCAGCCUGGAGACUAGAAACAAGGACGGCGAGACGCUGCUGCUGGUAGCGGCGAGAAAGGGGGAAGAAAACAUGGCGAAGUUCCUACUCUCGAACGGCGCUAACCCAGAGGCCAGAGACAAGCACGGCGGCACUUACGAACCGCUACUGGCACUAGCGCUACAGAUACACGAGGGCAUAGCGGAGGCGGUGCGAGUAAAAUGGGUGGGCUGGUUUACCGCCCUGCAGAGCGCCAUCGCGCCUCCUCAAUGCUCGUGGCUCACGCUGGGUGUCUGGACAGGCACCUGA